AUGUUUGCUCAGGUGGAAGAGAUGGAAGCUGAGCCGAUCAUCAAGGAAGUGGAGACGAAGCCAGCAACAGUCCCAGCAGCACAAACAAUGCUCUCAGCAGCUGAUUGGGAUGAUAGUCAACAAAAGUAAGG